AUGGCUGGGCCACGAAAACCCCCGCCGCGAGCAUCGCAGCAGCAGCGCAAUGCAAUCGUUGAGGAAGAACCAGCCAUGCGCACCCGUUAUGGCAGAGGAGUGAAAUCCACACCAACGAAGACUGAAGCCACUGCCAUUUCAAAGGCAAGCCCGACUCAAGCAAAUGGCUCCAUUGACGGAAAAAGGCGAAAACGUUACUUCUCACCCACCUUGUCGCCGCCCGAGACUCGUGGUCCUUAUGCGGAAUAUACAGCCCCUAACCUCAUCAUUCGUGGUCUCCCAACCCAAUUUCUACAAGAGCUUGCCGACAAGGAGACGCGAAACCAGAGGAAACAGCGUCUAUAUGCCGGCCAGUUCACCCAGUCCGACCUCGAAAACGACACUUCAUCUGACGAAAGCGAUGUCCCAACGCCUCCUCCUACUUCUGCCCGCGGUCGAGGUCGCGGUGGCGGUCGUGGUGGACGCCCCCGCGGCAGAGGACGAGGAAGGGGUCGUGGAACGGCACCAGCAGUCUCUCGUCAUUCAACCAGUAUCUCUCCUCUUCGCACACGCAAGCCUCGCGGUCGUCAGCCAAGCCAUCAUUCUGAAGAAGAGGAUGAUGGUGAAGAGAAAUCAGCCAAUCAGAGCGCAGAGAUGGAAGGCGCCAAGCCUUCGCCUCUUCCGAAUGAGGAUAUUCUCAUGAUGGAUGCGCCAGACAUCGAAGAGGAAGACAAGAACUGCGAGACUAAUCGAGAUGCACCACCGCAGUCGUUUACUCCCCCGGGCUCACCCCCAACAGGGUUGCCCUCCGGUAUCCAGGAGGACGUCCGUCAACCAGCACUCACUGUACCCACCAUCAAGGUCGCUCGGAAUUCGUCCUCACAGACACCUCAGAAUGGAACCUCGACUGAGGAGACCACGCCGGUCAUGGAACUCAUCGAUCCUGAGGAUGACGUUCUUUCCAACUCCGACUUCCCUGGGCCCUGGGUAGAAGACCAUGUUCCCCCAGCUACAGAGGCCGAGGCCGAAGACCGUGCAGACUUCCUCCUUAAAAGACGGUUUAAACCAUUGACCGAUGUCGAAACAAUCAUUUCUAGCCUGAACAAGUUUAAUCCCGCCCAGCGUAGCACUGAAAACCUGUAUCGGUUGGCCGAGAACACGCAACGAAUUCUCCUAGAAUGGCAGAACGAGUAUCUCCGCCUAGACAAAUUGGCCGCGCCGCACUUACAUCCGCCGAAGAAGCCUGCCCAUGGCGGACGUAUUCCCCUUGAUCCUCUCGUGUACGAAGACAUGAAAGAAGCGGAUCUGUAUGGUUACAUCUACGACGCCAGGAAAACUCCCGGCACCCAGGAUCCAUUCGCGCAACGCCCUGGCGCUCAGAAGACCGGUAAGCGCGAACUCCGUCAGAGACGCGGUCGUGAGAAUAUGGAAUCUGGUGCUCCCAGCGAAGAAGAGCAAGAGCCUGAAAACGAACCUACCGGACCUGGUAGACGACAGCGUCGAGCAACUCGCCGCUUUGAACCUACGGAGCAGAAUUCAGGUGCUACGACUCCGAAAAAGAAUACUAACGGCUGGGGCGGCGCUCGAAAGCGAGGCGUUAGCAAGUUCGCACCAGCAGCAUCGGAGACCCCUGAGCCGGAUGGCCGUCCUGCUAAGAGGGCAAAAGUCGCGCCCAAACCCCUUCCUCACCCUCGUAUACAGGAGAUGCGCGAGGAAUCGGUCGUUACCACUUCUGGCGACGAAGGUUCUCUUCAGACAGAAGCCCAAGAAAGACCGCCACCAGUUGUUGAGGAGCACCGGAAGCGCGGACGUCCUGCUGGCAGCAAGAAUACAGGCAGACGGAGCGACUAUGGUAUCAAAAAAGGACCUCGAAAGAAGAACGUGGAGACACCAGCUGCUCCUGCAGCGAUAGCACCAGCUCCCGUAGCAGGGUCUCCAGCUCCUCCAACGGUCUUGCAAUCUAUGAGAGAAGGCCAGAGCCAGUUUCCUCUUGAAACGCGUCCUUCUCCGCCGCCUCAACAGCAUCCUGUACCCCACGAGCGGCCGCACCCACCCGCCCAAGCCAUGGCGCAGCCGGUUGCAACGGUCUUUCAAGCGACUCCCCAACCAUUGGCUAGACCAGAUUCACAUAUGAAUGCCGCUUCCCCUAUGAGCAAUCCGCCGCCAGAUGCGUAUAUGCACACAGCGCCGCUCCAUCAGUACGUUCAGCCCUACGCCGAAGAGGCAACCCCUUCUCCCGUCUCAGUCGCAAAGGGAGUCAAAACGCGCGUGAAGAGCGAAAAGCGCAGCCAGUCCAUGACUAUCUGGUGGGCGGAACGUAAAGCGAGGCAGAAGGAGAUGGAAGCAGCCAACGCGGCCGCUGGCGGAGAGGCUGCCAGCCCCAAACCCGACGGCAGCGGCACUACGAGCAAGGGCAGCACCCCCAAGCCGCCCAGCAGACGUGGCAAGGCACCGCGAGCGGAACACCCUCUCCAACCCUAUCCUGAUCCCAACUUCAUGCAGCACGACCAGAUGGGCUAUCUCACUCCUCAUCCACCGCCUCCCCAUGGCCUCCCACAGUAUCCUAACCCGCACCUCCCGCCCAUGGACCAUCAGCACCAUCCUCAGCGCAUCCAACCCGGCCCUUCAGUACCUCCACACGCCCCACCGCCUCACCUAGUACAACUCCACACCAUCCCACAUCACCAACCCCUUCCUCAACCACCUCCCGGUCACGCCAUCGUCCUCCACCCGUCCCCUCUCGCUGCUCUACCGACCACCACCGGGCCUCCACCUCUCGCCCCCGCACCCCCUCCGCUCCAUCACUCCGCGCCGCAUACGCAGCAGAGGCAAAUGCCCGCUCUUGCACCCGCGCCAGGUCCGAUUCCCCAGCUCAAGAGCUAUCCUUCCCCGUAUGGAGCCAGAAGGGGCAAACCAGGCGCCAGCAAACAACCAGUAGCGCUUGCACCCGCGCCAUCACCGGCCGGCUUUGCCCCAAUGACAGGAGCGCCGGAAACCGGGAGAGAGAGGGAGAUGUCGUUCAAAGUCCUCGUUCCAGGACCACCGCCCUCGCAGGGCCCGCAGGGUGGUGGUGUGGCUGGUGAGGGAGGAAGUAGGGGAUAG